AGCAGGGAAUUACCUUCAUGUGAAUAAAAUUUUGCUAGGAAAAAUAGAUGUGAAGUUUGGUUCAUCUCGGUUAUAAGAAGAAUUUAUGGAUCCUUAAGAUAAGGCGGCAAGUUUUUAGGACUAAAACACAUUUCAUCUGGUCAUCUGGAAGGCCUUACAGUACUACUGUCAUUCAGCCCUGCCACUGCAAUGGAGAAUGAAUUUGUUUUCAGUAGUGAUACAGCAGCUUUAGAUCCAGCCACUGAUCCAGCAGCGUCCAUGAUGUGUCCAGAAUCUAAUGACAAUGAGCCUGAAGGCUUAACGUUUUAUCACAUGGAUCUCUAUGAAUCAAAAGGAAGAUUAGAAAUCUUUCCUGAAGAGCCAGCUGGAAGAGGAGAGGGGGCUCUGGGCGAAACCAGCGAAGAGUCAACAGGGCCAGCGGAAGAUUUUCGCAGUUCUGACCAAAGUGCAUAUGACUUGGAAAAGGAAGUUGAUGAACUAACAAAAUUAUAUGGGCUUGAUGAGGAUAAAGAAAUAGAUCAGGAGCUUCUUGGUGGGAAUAUAGCUACAGCUGGGAUUUUAGAGAGCACAGAGACACCAGCUCACAAGGAAGGUGUAGCAGCGGGAUCAGAUGGCUCCAUAUAUAAUGCACCGAAGAGCAGUUCACCAGUAAACGGCUCUCAGCAUGAAAAACACAUGGAAAGCAUAGAGGAACAGGAACUUCCUGGCAAGGAUUCUCAAGAUGAAUCUCAACACCUACACAAUGCAAGAGCAUAUGAUGAGUUGCAUAAUCAUGCAAGUUCCAAAGAAGAGCUUAGGAGUGAUGACAGGCAAGACGAGCAGAAUAUUCAACCAAACAGUGAAGAGGAAGCUGCUGAUAUUUACUGUGCUACUUGCAAGAUUCCAAUUAGAGCCUUUGACAAAUUGUUUGGUGAUCAUAAGGACCAUGAGGUGACCCAGCUUGCCAAAGCAGUGGAAAGUGCAAAGGAGGAGAUUCAGAAAAACAUGUGUAAAUUAGAAGAACAGGUUACUGAAAUGGAAAACUUUGCCAGUCACUUGGAGGAAAUUUUCAUCACUGUAGAGGAGAAUUUUGGGCGCCAAGAGCAGAACUUCGAGAUGCAUUACAAUGAAGUGAUGCAAACACUAACUCAGAGAUAUGAAGAAAAGGUAGAAGGCCUUGGGGAAGAGAAGAAACAGAAGCUAGAAGCCUUGUAUGGGCAACUGGUCAGUUGUGGAGAAAAUCUUGACACCUGUAAGGAGCUGAUGGAAACAAUUCAGGAGCUGUGCAAGGACAAGGAGAAAGCUGAUUUUAUUAAGGCUGCAAUACCCGUGGUCGACAGGCUGGGAGAAUUUUUAAAAAAAGAUAUGGAUUUAGAGCUUUCAACACUGCCAGACUUUGAAGACAGAGUUAUAGAUUUCUCUGAUGUUCAACAACUAAUGGAUUCCAUUAAUACCAUCGCAGCUCCUUCUGCUCCGGUGAUAAAUCCCCAAGCUCCCAACUCAGCGACUGGCACCUCUGUGAGAGUAUGCUGGGGCCUAUUCUCAGAUGACACUGUCGAGUUCUACCAGCUAUAUUAUAAACAAGUCAGUGACGACACACCUAGUGAGGAGCAAGCUGAGCUCAUGCUAAAAGUGAAAGAAGCAUACUGCACAGUAACUAACCUGGUGCCAAAUUCACAAUAUGAAUUUUGGGUCAGUGCUUUAAACACCACCGGCGUCAGCCCAGUGAGUGAAAGAGCAGUUUAUGUGACAGCUCCUUCACCUCCUAUCAUUAAAAGAAAAGAGAGCCGAAGCUGUGAAAAUGCAGCAUUGGUGUGCUGGGAAUCUGGAAACAUGAAUCCUGUUGACUCCUACACGGUUGAAUUGUCCAAACUAACAAAUGGAGAGAAUGGAGAUAUCAUUACAGAAUCUAUUGUUGGAAUUCCUAAUUGUGAAGCUCUAAUUCAACUGGAGCCAGGACAAAGUUAUAUUAUCUCUGUAAGAGCUGUAAACAUGGGUGGUCCAAGCGAGAGAAGUGAACCGGUCUCUAUCCACACCACAGGCACUUACUUUUAUCUUAAUGAGGACACUGCCCAUCCUUUGCUGUCUGUUCUAGAAGAUGGAUUAACAAUUGCUUGCAGUGAAAUAGAAAACCUAGAAUGUGAUUUGUCCUUCCGUGAUAACGGUUUUACAAGAUGUAUUGCUAUCCUGGGAAGCAUGAUACCAUUCCAAGGGAAACAUUACUGGGAGGUGGAAGUCGAUGAAAAUAUGGAAUACAGGGUCGGCGUGGCUUUUGAAAAUACUCACAGACACGGGUACCUGGGGGCAAACAGCUCAUCCUGGUGCAUGAGACAUAUUGUCACACCAGCAAGGCACAAAUAUGAAUUUUUGCACAGUGGGACAACACCAGACAUUAGGAUUACAAUUCCCCCCAAGAGGAUUGGCAUCCUGCUGGACUAUGACAACUGGAAACUGUCUUUUUUUAAUCUGGAUAUUGCACAGCACCUUUAUACAUUCAACAGUCACUUCCAGCAUUACGUGCACCCCUGUUUUGCUUUAGAAAAACCUGGGUUCCUAAGGAUACGUAAUGGCAUUGCAAUGCCCACAUCUAUUACUCUUUUAUGAUCUAUGGCUUGAGUGGCAGCUGCUGAAAAUGGCACAUCUGUGUGUAACUAAUUGACAAAAGCCCUAUAUCAUAAUCACUUUCUCCCUUUUAAGUACACACCAUUUAUGCUUCAGCAAAUAAUUAAAGGCCCACUACUGCAUGCAGAACGCCUAUGGAAGGCACCAUCAGCUGAAGGCUUGCAGGAUCAAGCCCGCAGACUGCUAUAUUUGUCCUAUGUCAUUCAGAGGCUUCAUAAGCUCAGAAAGUUUCUCACCUUGCUGGAGGUGGACAGGCUCAUGCUACCACACUAAAAAAAGCAGUAUGGACACUGUGGAUGGGCUAGAGCCCACCCUCUCAGGUCUAGGUAGCAGGAAUAUUUCUACCUGAGCUGGGAGCUCAAUCCCACCUGUAGUGUAGACAUUCACAAGCUUAUAAGGGUAUGUUCACAGAAAGAAAGGAAAUAACUCCAGGGACUGAGAUCCUGGGAAAUGAAAGUCUCUUCCUUUUAGGGCAUUGGUUUGAAUCCAGCCCAAGCUAAUAGGGACAAGCAGUUUGGUCAAUGGGAAAUUAGUCAGUAGGGUCAGCCCUGUUCUUAGUGGAGAGGAAUUCAGAUCACAAGAGCCAUCACACUUAGCUCCAUUGUCAGCAAUCUCCAGAGAGGGCCAGGUCCAAACAGGUAUGGAGAUUUACCUUCCUUGUCCUUUCCAGAGGUGAUCGCAUCAGCUGAGGUUUGACACACAGAGGGGACAUUUGAGUUGGGAGGUGUGAUUCCCUACCCAUGCUUCAGAGUAGCAGCCGUGUUAGUCUGUAUCCGCAAAAAGAACAGGAGUACUUGUGGCACCGCCUGGUCUACACUGGGGGAGGGGGGAAAAAAUCGAGCUAAGAUACGCAACUUCAGCUACGAGAAUAGCGUAGCUGAAGUCGACGCAUCUUAGAUCGAAUUAAAAUUACUUACUUCGUGUCCUUGCGGCGCUGGAUCGACGGCCGCGGCUCCCCCAUCGACUUUGUUUCCGCCUCUCGCACUGCUGGAGUUCAGCAGUCGAUGGGAGAGUGAUUGGGGAUCGAUUUAUCGUGUCUACACUACACGCGAUAAAUCGAUCCCCAAUAGAUCGAUCGCUAUGGCGGGUAGUAGACGUAGCCUUAGAGACUAACAAAUUUAUUUGAGCAUAAGCAUUCGUGGGCGACAGCUCACUUCAUCAGAUGCACAGAAUGGAACACAUAGUAAGGAGAUUAUAUAUACAUACACAUAUACAUAUACAUACACACCCACACACAGAGAACAUGAAAAGGUGGGAGUUGCUCUACCAACUCUAAAAGGCUAAUUAAUUAAAAUGAGCAAUUAUCAACAGGAGAAAAAAAAACUUUUGUAGUGAGAAUGACAAGAAGGUGUGAGGAUACUUAACAUGGAGAAAUAGAUUCAAUGUGUGUAAUGGCUCAGCCAUUCCCAGUCUCUAUUCAAGCCUAAAUUGAUGGUAUCUAGUUUGCAUAUUAAUUCAAGUUCAGCAGGUUCUCGUUGGAGUCUGUUUUUGAAGCUUUUCUGUUGCAAGAUUGCCACCUUUAAGUCUGUUACUGCAUGACCAGAGAGGUUCCAUUCUAUGCAUCCGAUGAAGUGGGCUGUAGCCCACGAAAGCUUAUGCUCAAAUAAAUUUGUUAGUCUCUAAGGUCUUAAGUACUCCUACCCAUGCUAACUCACUAAAAUGUAGGCAUGUAGCCGGGGUAGCACAGGCGGUGACUCAGGCUUGACACCCAAGUACAUACCCACCCAGAUGGCCUGGGUAUGUCGUGAGGUGGCUAGCCUGAGGCACCAUCCAUGCUACCCGCGCUACAUCUAUGCAUGCUGGGAAUCAUACCUCCCAGCUCAAAUGUAGAGGUACCCAGAGUGAGGAUGGCAGUCUGCAUUGCUUUUAUGCACAAGGAACUCCAGUAUCUUUUGACGAUUAUUUCUUACACAAAAGCAAGUGAUUUCUAUUCUUGUUUAUGUUUGACAAAGAGCUAGGAAAGAGCUGUACAAAGAUGACCAGAAAAGCAAAGGGCUUAAUCACCACACAGUUGUCAGAUGAAGCCAAACAUGCUCAUAAUUUACACAAAUACCAUAAAGCUAAUCUUAAAGUAUUUUGCAGCUGCAUGAAGUCUAUGAAACAAGAUAAUCAGAUACGCCUCACUCUCACAUGAAUCAUCAGCUUUUGCCAUUAAGUGAGUCCUUGGAAAUAAUCAACUAUGCAUUAUAUGCUCAGUCAUUAAAGACAUUUUAUAAAAUGCCCAUGCUUCGCAUUCAGUUUUUCAGCAAAACUGCAGACUAGGCUCUUCAUGGCACUAUGCUGCCUGCAAAUAAAAGCCGCAGGCAUCAUUUUUAGCAUGCACUACUUAGCCACACUCACGCCCUUAAAUGCCAACUGUACUGCCACUCUCAAAUCUAUUCACACACACCUCACGACUGCAGCAAGGGGGAAUAGAAUCGAGGAGCUUGUCUUUGAUGCUGUGCCCUUGGCGUGAGGGCUCACCAACCCAGGUUUGAAGUACUCUGACCCAACAUUUGAUUUCAGUUGCAAUUUAUUUGUUUGGACUUCACUUAGGAAUAACUUUAAGGUACUGGAAGGCUUGCCAUAU